AUGCUCAGCCUCCUCAUCCUCCCCGCAGCGCUGCAGGCGGUGUCGGCCGACCUCCUGCAUCCUCUCGCGCUCGGCUGUGAGACGCGCGGCGCGCGCAUCGUGCAGAUCUGCCUCGGCUGCAUGCAGCGGCUGAUCACGCACGGCGCGCUGUCGGUGCCCGCCGGCGCCACAGUCGUGCGCACCCUCUGGAGCCUCAUGGAGGGCGGCAUCGAGGAACUGAAGCUGCUGCAGACGAUCAUCAUACUGCUGACGACGAACAGCAUCGUGCAGGGAGACAGCCUCGCGAUGGCCCUCGUCAUGUGCUUCCGUCUGCACUUCACUAAGGACAGCACGACUAUCAACACGGCGUCUGCCACCGUCCGCCAGAUGGUGACACUCGUCUUCGAGCGAGUCGAGGCCGAGGACAAGACACCAGCUCCAG